AUGGGUGAUCAUCUACCAGCUUGUGUCAUUGAUGUCGGAACGGGCUACACGAAGCUAGGCUUUGCCGGCAACAAGGAACCGCAGUUUAUCAUUCCGUCAGCCAUAGCGAUAAAAGAAACUGCUAAAGUUGGCGACCAAAGCACUCGGCGUAUGACUAAGGCCGUAGAGGACUUAGAUUUCUUCAUCGGCGAUGAAGCGUUUGACGCCACCGGGUACUCUGUAAAGUAUCCCGUGCGCCACGGUCUAGUUGAAGAUUGGGAUCUAAUGGAGCGUUACAUUGAACAGUGUAUCUUCAAAUACUUGAGAGCGGAACCCGAAGAUCACCAUUUCUUGCUGACUGAGCCUCCACUAAACACGCCUGAAAACAGGGAGUACCUAGCUGAGAUUAUGUUUGAGUCAUUCAAUGUGCCUGGUCUGUAUAUCGCUGUGCAGGCCGUGUUGGCUCUUGCAGCGUCCUGGAAGUCGCGUACAUCCGCGGAACGUACGUUCACAGGCAUUGUAGUGGACAGUGGUGAUGGUGUCACCCAUAUUGUGCCUGUAGCUGAAGGGUAUGUCAUUGGAUCAUGUAUCAAACACAUACCCAUCGCUGGUCGUAACAUUACCUCGUUUAUUCAAUCUCUACUUCGUGAGCGUGAAGUAGGCAUCCCACCAGAACAAAGUUUGGAGACUGCUAAAGCUAUUAAGGAGAGAUACAGUUACAUUUGUCCAGACAUAGCAAAGGAGUUUGCUAAAUAUGAUGCAGACCCCGGUAAAUGGAUGAAGAACUACACUGGUAUUAAUGCUAUCACUAAGAACCCUUUCUCUGUUGAUGUUGGUUAUGAAAGGUUCUUGGGUCCAGAGAUAUUCUUCCACCCUGAGUUCUCCAAUGCUGACUUCACUGUUCCUCUUAAUGAGAUGGUAGAUGAAGUCAUUCAGUCGUGCCCCAUUGAUGUGAGGAGAGGGUUGUAUGGGAACAUUGUGUUGUCUGGUGGGUCGACCAUGUUCAGGGACUUUGGUAGGAGACUGCAGCGUGACAUCAAGCGGACUGUUGAUGCGAGACUGAAGCUGUCUACUACGCUGUCAGAAGGACGUAUUACUCCUAAACCUGUUGAUGUGCAAGUUAUAUCACACAAUAUGCAGCGCUAUGCUGUGUGGUUUGGAGGCAGUAUGUUGGGCUCAACUCCGGAGUUCUAUCAGGUGUGCCACACGAAGCAGGCGUACAUGGAGUACGGCCCCAGCAUCUGCAGGCACAACCCAGUAUUUGGCACCAUGACAUAA